AUGCAGAACCUCGCGCCGUCCGCGGCCACCGACGCACGAGCGCUCCGCAAGGCCUGUGAUCAAUGUCGCCAACGCAAAAUCCGCUGUGAUAAAAACGACCCGUGUUCCAAUUGCGUAACGGCCGAACGGCGUUGUACCUCGACGGCGUGGCAACGGCCAAAGGAGCUUCGACAACGAGUUCUCAUCUCGUCACAGUAUGAGAAGAAAAUUGACCGGAUUGAAGCCCGUCUCGCCAACAUUGAGAAUCUCCUCAAAAAUCUCUCAUCCUCAACUCCCACAGACCCGUCAAGAUUCAUCCACACGCCACAGACAGACUCCGCCGUACCUACCGGCACUUCAAACGCCGACUAUGACAGCUCCGACGAGGAAUCCGUCCUCGGCGGUGACUCGGGGCUGACCGUCCACACGACCUUUGCGAGCGAGUUUCUCGAGCGCGCUGUCCAGAGAGCGCCCCUGCCGGCUGUGAACCCCAAGAUGGAGACGGCCCUCGCCAACCUGAGCCAGCUUGUUGAGCUGCAAAAGCACCGCUCCAUCAGCCACGGGCCUCGCUUCCCUCUGCAGCAGCCGGUGCCUCCAGGGGGUGUGAGCAAGCUGCCUAUGCCUCCCAUGGCGACGGUGGUCGCUCUGUUGAAGCAUGUCAAAGCCGCCCCUCCCACCUUCUUCACCAUCCUUUGCACCCUCGUCGGCAUUAAAGACUUUGCCGACCUCUGCCGCACCGUCUACUUCCCCGCCGAAGACUUCUCAGACGCCACCUUUGCCAUGGUCAACGCCAUGCUGUACAAUCUCUUCGUGGAGCAACACUCUCUGACCAAGGACGAGGCACUACGCGAAGAGUACAACUCAUACGUGGCCAUCUGCAAGACGAAUCUCGAGACGACACUGGCCAACUUUCCGCUGUUUCUGUCGCCAAAGAUUGAGAAUGUGCAGGCUCUGCUGCUUGGGUGCUUGUAUGCAAUCGACGUCUCCAGACCCUCGGUGGCGUGGCAUCUCAUCACAAUGGCGGCCUGGUUGUGCCAAGCAGGAGGCUACCACCGUACAGAGGUCCUCCGCAAUGACCCUCCGCAGAUUGCACAGCAGAAGAAGGUCGUCUUCUGGCAUGUGUAUACUCUAGACAAGGGCCUGGGCCUUAGACUUGGACGGGCAUCGGUCAUAGCAGAGUGCGAUAUCGAUAUCAAACGAGAGUUUGAGGUCAACGGCUUCGACCAUCUGACGUCUACCACGUUCCCGACGCUGUGGGUUGAGAUAAGCAGCUUGCAGAGCCGAAUCUACGAACAACUAUAUAGCCCAGUCGCCUUGGCAAGCCCUCAGGCGGAUCUGAUCCAACGAGCUCGAGCCCUGGCCACGGAAUGCAGCCGUCUGGAGGUUGAGACAGACGAAACGAGAGAAAAGGUAUACACACUUCUCAAAUCGAUAGGGACAUCGGACGUCGUCGAUGUCUUCAUCAAGGGCGACGAGGUGCAGUUUUACGUCACCAAGACGCUCAUCUACCGCGUCAUACCGGCCCCGGAAGGCUCCAUUACAAGAUUCUGCGACGAAUGCUUGGAUGCGGCCCGUCACGCAAUGAGGACGCAUCAGGAGUGCGUUCGAUUCAUGGACAUCAGCACGUAUAUGCGGUCCAUGUACAUCCACUGGAACCUCUUGUUGACACCAUUCGCCCCAUUCUUUGUUCUCUUCUGCUACGUCAUUGAGACGUCUUCGCUGGUAGACCUCAAGGUUCUCCAGACAUUUGUUGAUUCCCUCGAGGGUGCACGAGGGCUCUCGGAGCCCAUUGAUAAGCUCUACCGUCUCUGCCGGGUCAUGUGCGACAUUGCUACCUUCUAUGUAGAAGCCAAGGGCCAGCAGCUGCAAAGCGACAACUCCAUUUCCAUAGGGGAUGAGUUUGAGAUGUACCUGAGCCAGCUUGGCUUCAUCCCCAGCGACGAUCAAGCCAUGGCCAACACAGACACAACCGAAGCAGGGGCGCCUAUCCAGGGCAGCGGCCAGGUGGCGCAGCUGGCGGAUUGGUUUGUUGGCAGUCGCAACAUGAUUGGGCUCCUGGAGGAGGACUUGUCGCAGAUUGAUUCUCACAUAUGGAUGAAGCCCGAUGACGAGCUGUGA